GACUUAAUGUCCCAAUGGAUGUGAAACCCUUACAAACAGGCAGUUUUGCAAGGUAAAGGCAGGAGCUCUCUGGCUAGUAACAUUGGCGUGGACUGAAAUAUUCUUAACUAGAAAAAAAUUUCAUAACGCAUGGAGGGCCAUGUAAGGUUGGAGCAACAGCCGAGCUCAACGAUCCCUCGGGCCUUUGACUAAGCAUCAUAAGCGGGAUUAGGCAACAAAUGUGUUAUUGUGAAAAUAUGAAUAUUAUUCUUUGACAGGGGAUUUCUCCCUUUUCCAUUUUCUCUUCCGCAAAGCCGCUACAUGUGCUGGAAUGUUUUGUAAAAGGAUCAGGGUUGGCUCAGGCAUUCUGCAGGAAUGUGAAAUCUGGCUUGUUUGUUUAUUUGUUUGUUUGUUUAUUCGCUGGUGUCACCCUGAAGCUUGGGUGGCCCAUGCUUUCUUCUUCAGUUUAGCCCUCCACCCGUUUCUUCCUGUCAACCACUGAUUGGGAUCUUGAAUGACUACAAAUUAGUUUAGUGAGGGGGUGACUGUCAAAGACACCCUCGAAUCUCUUGAAGACGAACAAGGUUGACAGCGAACUUGGGACUCUAAUGAGUGUUUCAAAUGCUUGAGUUGCCAGCCAGAAGCUGUACUGAGCACUGGAAAUCAAUAUGGAAUUGCAUUCUGCCCCAAUCCCUUUGGUUCAUGCUGCAUGGAUUAUCUGAAGGAAAUGAUCCUCAAAGCUGAGGAUAACCAUAAAAACAUCAUCUCGUACUGUCUUAAAAAUCAAGCACAAUAUCGAUGAAUCCCCAAAUCAGUUGCUUUCUUUUUUCCCCAUGUAUCAUCUAUUUUGAUACAAUAUUCGGGACUAAGAAGCAUUCCCCCCCCCAAAAAAUGCCCUGGAGUGAGAAAAAGAUACCAUGUGGGAUGAAAUGUUGUAAGAUCUACCAGUUUCUUCUCCAACUCACGAAACCCUAUUGUGUUGCUUAGUGAUGACACCUGCAGGUGAUGGAAAGGGGAGAGAACCCAAGGAAAGUUUCAGCUGCCUGUAUACUCACAAGACCCCUUUUCUGAGAUCACGACUGUCACACUCUUUCCUUUUUCCCAAAUUUUCCCACCCGUGUUUGCUCUGAGAUGAAAAUGCACAAGGAAUCUUAUCUUUGAGAAUGUACUGUAGUUGUAAGCUUCACUGUUCUCCACCUGUAGAACUGGCAUGCACCUCAGAUGAUAAUGACACCCCAGCUUUGGCACUUCUGCACAUUUUUGCAAUGUCCUCUGCUCAUCACACAGCCGACUUUUUGGACAGAGCUUUUAUGUGACCCAUCGGACUUGCACUUUUAAAUUAGUUUUCCGUAUGUGCAUUUAUAUUAAAAAAUGUGCUUUAGAAUAAAGCAAGUUUCGACCGAGGUGGGAGACCCAUGUGGUCUAAGCAGGUUAUGCAUAAGAGAAGAACCUGAGAAGUGCGUAUUUAAAUGUGAUUUUUAUACAGAUUAUUUUAAAACGGCACAUUACUGUAAAAAUGGGAUGCAACGGGCUUGUAAGUGAGCAUGUGAAACUGACGUGGCUCAAAACCAGACAUAGCCACGGGUGCAUAGCUGCACUCUGCCUACAAGACGUUCUCCAUUUAUUGUGCUCUACAUUCCCUCACUUUCCAAACCCUAUUCUGUCUUCUAAAAUGAAUGCAGGAGGCCAGGAUAUGAUAGCUCACAUCCAGUGAUAUGUCGUGGUGAUGCGUAGUAGAAACUUUACCAGCUGCAGCAUAUUAAAAGGAGACACACAGAAGGGUCAAACAAAUCGAACCGGCAAGCCGAAGGACGCCCACGUUUGCAGCCGAUGCUGUGCCGAAUUCUUUGAACUAUCAGAUCUCCUGCAACACAAGAAGAACUGUACUAAAAAUCAAUUAGUUUUAAUUGUGAAUGAAAAUCCCAUCUCUCCUUCUGAAGCCUUCCCUCCAAGCUCCCCCGACGAUAAUCCGGACGGACCGAGGAAUGACACAGCUAAUAACAUGGAUCAAGUAGACUGUGACGACCUCUCCGAGCAGAACAACAAACUUGACAAGGAAGACGCCAUGGUUGCGGUGGCUUCUAGCGUUAGCCAGAGCCCGCGUGGUAGUUCCCAGAACGUCACCACCAGUAUUGCAAGCAGCAACUGCUCCACAGUGGGUACCUCAGCGAUCACAACCUCUCUACCUCAACUAGGGGAACUGACAGCUCUGGGCGGCUUCUCUGUGAUCAACAGCAACGUCAUCAUCGAAAACCUUCAGAGCACGAAAGUGGCGGUGGCUCAGUUCUCCCAGGAAGCGCGGUGCAACGGGGCCACUGCCAGCAAGCUCGCUGUCCCUGCGCUCAUGGAGCAGCUUUUGGCUCUGCAGCAACAGCAGAUCCACCAGUUGCAACUGAUCGAACAGAUUCGUCACCAAAUAUUAUUGCUGGCUUCCCAGAACGCGGACCCGCCGUCAGCCUCGGCCCCCUCUCCGAGCACGUUGCGGACAUCAGCCAACCCCUUGUCCACAUUAAGUUCCCAUCUAUCCCAACAGCUGGCGGCGGCCGCCGGGUUGGCGCAGAGCCUCGCUAGCCAGUCUGCCAGCAUCAGUGGCGUGAAGCAACUACCCCCUCUCCAGCUACCUCAGAGCAAUCCUGGCAACCCAAUAAUUCCAUCCAGUAGUGGCUCGUCUCCAAAUAUUAACCUCCCUGCUGUAGCAGUCACAACACCGUCCUCUGACAAAGUGGCUACGAACGCUGGUGGCCCGCAGCUCGGCAACCCGCCGGCGACCGUGUCAACCUCGCCAGCUUUUGCAAUAAGCAGCCUGUUAAGCCCUGUCUCGAACCCUCUUCUACCUCAACCCACCCCUAGCAAUUCUGUAUUCCCCAACCCACUGUCCAGUCUUGCAACGCCUGCUGAGGACUUAAACGCAUUGGCUGCUUUGUCCCAGCAGAGAAAAAACAAGCCACCCCAUCUAGCCCCCUUUGAGGCAAAAAGUACUUCUGACGAGGCGUUCUUCAAGCAUAAAUGCCGGUUCUGCGCGAAAGUGUUUGGGAGUGACAGUGCCUUGCAAAUCCAUUUGCGCUCUCACACGGGAGAGAGGCCCUUCAAAUGCAACAUCUGUGGGAACCGGUUUUCCACCAAAGGGAACUUAAAAGUCCACUUCCAACGGCAUAAAGAAAAAUACCCGCACAUUCAGAUGAACCCCUACCCGGUCCCGGAGCAUUUGGACAACGUUCCCACAAGUACAGGGAUCCCUUACGGAAUGUCGAUCCCACCCGAGAAACCUGUAACAAGCUGGCUGGACAGCAAGCCAGUGUUAUCGACGUUGACCACCUCGGUGGGCCUUCCGCUUCCCCCCACCAUUCCCGCUUUGACCCCUUUCAUCAAAACGGAAGAGCCUCAGCCGAUUCCCAUCACCCAUCCCUCAUCCAGUCCUGCCCGCUCUGUCAAAAGUGACUCAGGCUCUGUCCAUCCUGCUGGGAGGAACAUAAAUGGGCAUCUGGCUGAAGGGGAGGUGGCCACUUUCCAAACUAUGAACAACAAACCCGACAACAAGCUAGAAGAUAACACUCAGGUGCCCAGUGCCUCUGCGAAUGUGAACAGUUCCAUCCCCUCGCCUGCGGUGGAUUACAGCUCUAACAGCAACCCCCUCAUGCCUCUCAUGUCUGAGCAGUUUAAGGCAAAGUUUCCAUUUGGAGGCCUGCUGGAUGCGACGCCCUCCUCCGAGACAUCGAAACUGCAGCAGCUCGUGGAAAAUAUUGAUAAAAAGGCAAUCGAUCCCAACGAGUGUCUCAUUUGCCAUCGCGUUCUCAGUUGCCAGAGUGCUUUGAAAAUGCACUACCGGACCCACACUGGCGAAAGGCCGUUUAAGUGCAAGAUCUGCGGACGGGCCUUCACGACGAAAGGGAAUCUGAAGACGCACUACAGUGUCCACCGUGCCAUGCCCCCAUUGAGAGUCCAGCACUCCUGCCCCAUUUGCCAGAAGAAGUUUACCAACGCCGUUGUGCUACAGCAGCACAUCCGGAUGCACAUGGGAGGCCAGAUCCCCAACACUCCUGUGACUGAAAACUAUCCUGAGUCCAUGGAAUCCGACACAGGAUCUUUUGAUGAGAAGAAUUUCGAUGACCUGGAUAAUUUCUCUGAUGAGAACAUGGAUGAAUGUCCUGAUAGUAGUGUACCAGACACACCCAAAUCCAUUGAUGCAUCUCAAGAUAGUUUAUCUUCUUCCCCACUUCCCCCAGAAAUGUCGAGUAUUGCUGCUUUGGAAAACCAGAUGAAGAUGAUCAACGCAGGCCUUGCCGAACAGCUUCAGGCGAGUUUGAAGUCCGUAGAGAAUGGUUCAGUGGAAGGGGACGUCAUGACGAACGAUUCAUCGUCGGUCGGUGGCGAUAUGGAAAGCCAAAGCGCUGGGAGUCCUGCUAUCUCAGAGUCUACCUCUUCCAUGCAGGCCUUGUCCCCAUCCAACAGCAUGAACGAUUACCACAAAUCGCCAAGCACCGAGGAGAAACCAGCCCAGACGGUGUUGAGCGACUUUGCCAAUGGUUGGCCCUUGGCUCUCGCCAAUGGUGGCGCUUUGGACUUGACCUCAAGCAACCCAGAAAAGAUGAUCAAGGAAGAGUCCCUGAGCAUGCUGUUUCCUUUCCGAGACAGAGGCAAGCUUAAAAACACAGCGUGUGACAUUUGUGGCAAAACAUUUGCGUGUCAGAGUGCCUUGGACAUUCAUUACAGAAGUCAUACCAAAGAGAGACCGUUUAUUUGCACAGUCUGCAAUCGUGGCUUUUCCACAAAGGGUAAUUUGAAGCAGCAUAUGUUGACCCAUCAAAUGCGGGAUCUACCAUCACAGCUUUUUGAACCCAGUUCCAACCUCGGCCCCUGUCCAAACUCCUCAUCGGCAAUACCUGUGAACCCCCUCUCGUCUCUUAUAAAGACUGAGGUCAAUGGCUUCGUCCACUGCUCUCCCCAGGACAGCAAAGAAGCAUCGCCCACCAUACUCCCUUCGGGGCCUUUGACACCUUCCGCUACGUCCCCGGUCUUGCUUCCCAUUCUUCCUCGACGAACGCCGAAGCAACACUACUGCAACACGUGUGGGAAGACUUUUUCGUCCUCCAGCGCUCUGCAGAUCCACGAAAGAACCCACACAGGAGAGAAGCCUUUUGCCUGCACUAUAUGUGGGAGAGCGUUUACGACAAAAGGCAAUCUUAAGGUUCACAUGGGGACGCAUAUGUGGAACAGCACACCUGCUCGGCGAGGCAGACGGCUUUCGGUGGACGGCCCCAUGACUUUUCUCGGGAGCAAUCCUGUAAAAUUUCCAGAUGUGUUUCCAAAAGAUUUGGCUGUGAGGUCAGGGAACGGAGACCCUUCUAGCUUCUGGAAUCAGUACGCAGCCGCGCUCUCCAAUGGUUUGGCCAUGAAGGCGAACGAGAUUUCGGUCAUCCAGAACGGUGGGAUCCCUCCCAUUCCGGGGGGCUUCGGCAACGGCAGCAGCUCCCCGAUUAGCGGCCUGACCGGCAGCCUGGAGAAGCUCCAGAAUUCGGAACCUAACGCGCCUCUAGCUGGUCUGGAGAAAAUGGCGAGCAGCGAGAACGGGACGAAUUUCCGUUUCGCACGUUUCAUGGAGGACGGCAAAGAGAUUGUAACCAAUUAGGACCCAUGUUACGGACGAUCCUGCCGUUAUUGCAACCUAAGGUUGUGUGGGAGGUUGUUUGUUGUUGUUGUUGUUGUUGUUCUUGUUCUCGUUUCUGGCAAAUCGACAAAACAGCAACAUUAAAAAGACGUUAUUUUGUACCCUGUUCGACAUCUAGAGUUUUAAAAUGGCUUAUUUAUUAGUGAUAUACCCCCCUUCCUCCCCCCCGUUUUGGCUGUGCAAGCGUUAACUUCCAUCUUCUGUAUUUUAAUAAUAAUGAUGAUGAUAAUCAUGAUCCUGUGCCGUCAAACUACUAAUUGACUAAAGUGGUGCUGUUACAUUUAUAGCAACAAAAGUCUGUUCCGCUCCCCGGUCUCAUUCUGGAAUUUAACUUAUUUUCUAUACCCAGCUUCCCAGAAACUUUCGGAGGUGAUACCAUGCCUCCGGAAUUCAUUUAUUCCUCUCUCUCCAUCCCCUGAUGAAAGUCUAUCUGUGUGUAUCUUCCGAUCCUGAUGACAAUUUUUGUCAGCAAAUCUGUUUCGAUUCUCAAAAAAAACCCCAGAACCCACCGAUGUGUGUGGAGGAAUGAAAAAGGACCAUAUAAAACUGAACCGUGUGCAUCUUUCAUGACGGGCUCAGUUGUGUGUGUGCGUGUUUUGUUUUGUUCUCAAUUUCUGUUCUGAAAUUUAAAACGGCUUUACUUUGAGUGGGGUAGAUUUUAAGUUCUUUUUUCCCCCCUCUCCUCCUUUUGGAACUGUCCUUUGUACUGUGCUUUUUACUGGCGUCCUCUUAGAUGUUAAUAAGUUUCUGUACAGUAAAUAAGCACGCCGAUGAUUAGAGGAAAUCCAAAAGUCUUGUUCCAGUAGUUUGAAAACCUUUUGCCUUGUAAAUAUAUUCACUAUAGAGAGGUGGGGAAAUUGCUGGACUCCGUGCUGCUAUAAAAGGCAUCUUGAACAACCUUAUACAGACAAAUUUAGAUGCUCUUGUACAUACAAUGAGAAAUAUUGAGUUCAUUAAAAUGUACAUAUUUUCCCAAUGA